AUGAGCCUCCUAACACCCGCCGAGAUCGGGGUGCUCUGGGACUAUCAGGCCAAGACCGGCGCCAGGAGCGUCAAAUAUGGCGCCCCCGCCCCCACAAUCGGGUUCGGCGCCGCCUCUGCACCGGGCGCCUUCAGUCUGUUCUACUGGACGGCGCAGGCGCCAUUUGGCACGUCGGGCGUCUUGGCUGCAGCCGUGCUGAUCGCGAACGGCUUCGGCGUGACCAUGUGA